AUAAAUUAAUGCUGAAAAAGUAAUAAUGUUUUUUUUUUAAACUCAUUAACGAGAAUACGUAAAAUUAAUUGGACAAACGUUCAAAAAAAAAGCUACACAAAUAUAAAGUAUCAUUUUUUUUUAAAUUCUCCACUAUGAAUUAUCCUUUUUAGUCUAUCCUAUUUUACUAUUAUUAUUUCAUAUUUUAAGACAUUUUAUAUAGAAAGAUAAUAAAUUAUGUCUACUAGUAGUCCUGCAUCCCGAGUAGCAGACUAUUUCUUUGUAGCAGGACUUCAUGAUAAUCACCUUAUACCAACCUUUGAGUCUGCAAAACAAAAUAAAAUAGACGACGCCACCUAUUAUCAACAACAAGAACAAGCUGUUCUUUCACAAUCCCCUCCACAAUUUGAUGCGACUGAUAUUGAGCAAAUUCGUUGUCGUCAUCGUAGUUAUACCAUUGCCCAAGACCAUUUUCAAAAAGACGAUUCCUUAUUGGGCGUUCUUAAUCAUGUUCAAUCAGUCAUUGACCAUUUUGAUAAAGAACGAGAUAUAGCUCGGGAUAAUGUGAUUUCAGUGCACGAUCCGGCAAAAAGAAGGCAUCGGGCAAGUGUUUAUUCAUUAGAAACAAGGCAUUCAUCAUUACAGGACAAGACAAGGAAAUGGAGGAGUCCAUCUGAUCCAAAGAUUCUAGAAAAGCAUCGUUCAUUAAGUUUUAAUUUAGAAGAAAAAGUGAUUCCAAAUAUUUUUGAAUUGAAAUAUACGCCAACUGUACUUUUAAGGUAUCCAAAAUCAAAUUAUUCGUCCAAUGAGCCUUUUCCUGCUUAUGCAGCUAUGUUUUGCUUUCCAAAAGAUAUAAAGCUACAUUAUGGAGAAACACCACCCGCUGAACAAUAUCAUUCAUUUGCAAUAACAGAUGAGAAUGGGGCGACUGUCUAUGGUACAUGCCUUGUAUUUUACGAACCAUUAACAGACAAGCUAAAGAAGUCAGUAAAUGGAGCGAUUCAAUCCUGGGUUAAAAUAAAUAUGCCAUCUAGUAGUAUCGAAUAUGCUCAACAUUUACAGCAAAAGAUUCAAGCUGAACAAGCGCAGCUUACUCAAUUAUCAAUAGAAGAAGAUAUUAAAAAGUGUCAGGAAAACAUUCAACUUUAUAAAGAGUUAUUGGAACCAGUCAAGAUGGCAGUCUGUACAGCAGAUCAAGUUUGGGUGCCAAAGAGUAUUGGAUUAUUAGGGAAAAUGCCAUGGACGAAUUUAUAUAGUGACUGGAUGAAGAUUUUAUUAGAUAAUAUUGUAGGUGUAGGUGGACAUCGUAAUAAUAUAAGGCCAACGAUUGAUAUUGAAAGUACAGUGAUGAACUUGAUUGAUGAAGUCCCUUUACCGCCACCAGGAAGAUUUGAAAUUGGCUUAACCAUUAAUCAUAAACCUCUAUUCUUUUCAAGGCCACCUAUCAAUCAAGUCCCUAUAUUAAAAAAUUUUUCAUUAUUUCCAUUAUUUCGUGCUCUAUCACCUCAUUUAAUACUCGUUAUACUUGAAACAUUAUUAGCAGAAGGAAAAGUUGUAUUUUUAUCAAAAUAUGCAGGCAUACUCUCUUAUGCUUGUGAAUCAUUUCGUUAUUUACUUUUUCCAUUUUAUUGGCAAUUUGUUUUUAUUCCUGUAUUGCCUGAACGAUUAUUAACCUGUUUACAAGCCCCUGUGCCUUAUAUCAUUGGAUUCAAAGGAACCAUGGAUGAAAUAGAAGAACAUGCGCCAGAUGAUGCAUGCAUUGUUAAUUUAGAUAGUAAUACAAUGCAUUCAAGUCAACGUGCUACGCCUAUUCCUGAUCGUCAACGACGUAAACUUCAAUUGGCUUUAGAACAAUAUGCACCACUUCAUACAAAACACAAGGUUCCCUAUGGACUCCCACUCUCAGUUCAGUUUGCAUAUCCAAAAGGAAAAAUGAUACUUCAUUGUAAUCGAUCCAAGACAACAGAUGCCUUUAUUAGUCCUGCAUCACGUGUCUCAUUAGCAUUAUCAGAUAUAACUACUUGGUCUUCUCUAAAUGGUCGUCGCUCAAAUGAAUCAACAUCUACAACGACGACGACAACGACGACGACGACGACGACGACGACGAACACAACGACUACGGAUAUGGCAUUGCAUUUUACAAGCCCACCCAUGAGUCCUAUUCGUCCAACUUCCAACCUAUCAUCCGCUCCAAAACGUAUCUCAAUGCCUACAACAAAUAAGAAUGGAUAUACUAAUACGAUUUACAAUUCAAAGAGAAUCUCUGAGCCACCACCGCCUAAAAGAGGCUACGAUGAAAGAGAGAAUGGAAGAAAUCGAUUUAGUACGUUAACAUCAAAGCCAAGAGCUGUCUUUCAUCAACAACCAGGCUCUACAAUAGAGGGUACCAUGUCAUCUCCACGUAUCUCCAUUUCUACAUCCAUGACUGAAUUUGACCCAAGCUAUCAUAAUCAAAUGCCUCGACGUACACAGCAUAUUGAAGGUCAUAUUAUGGCAGAAAUCUUUACUUCAGAACUUCAACGAUUUCAUGGAUAUCGAUGCAUUUGUGGCAAGCAAGUGACAGAAGAAACAGAAGGAUAUCAAACCGGCAUGUUUAUGUGCUGUCAAGAAUGCCAUUUAGUAACGCAUGAUACAUGUACAGAACAAAUCCUACAUCCUUGUUUACCUGCUUGCUUUGAUGAAAAUAGAGUACAUGAAGCAUUUUUAAGAAUGUUUGCUUCAUUAUUAUAUAAUUAUAGAACAGGCUUUGUAGAUCGUUUAGAGUCAGGAGCAUCUUCUAUUACUGCCAACGAUAAUGAAAAGUCAACUCAAUUAUGCUUUUCCAAGGAUCGAUUUAUUAAACAUUCAGACAAAGAUACCAGGGCGUUCUUAUCAGGACUAAGUAAUUCACAAAUGUUUACACAAUUCAUUACAGAUCGCUUACUCAAGUCUAGUCAAGAACCAGAAAUACUCAUGUUUGAUGAAUAUAUUAAAUUAAAACUGAAUAGAUCGAAAUUAAAGUUAGUGAAAGAAGAUACACCCUUUUUAAAUGAUCCUUCCUAUAAAGUCUCACAAAUUAUUUGGGCUACACCUCCACCUGAAACUUCUGUUAUAGGACAGGGAGACUGCAAACGCUUCCCAACCAAUUUAAACUUCUUUAAAUAACAAUCCUAAAUCAUUAUUUUUUUUUGUCUUUUUUUGUCUUUUUACCUUUACAACAUUUGAGCUGCAAUUGUAAUCAAAAAAACAUACAUUUG